CACACACACUCCACCACCAUCUCACUCUCCCUUUCUUUCUUUUCAUUUCAAUAUUCACUCUUCUCUCUCUCUCAUAACCAACAAACCGCAUUCCCAAUGGCGGAUCUUAACCAAACACAUAGACCCGCCACCGCCCCUUCAUCCUCAUCCGCCGUCUUCCUAAGAAAGCUUCAAGACAACCUCCACGCGACAAACUCAACUCAGCUCGCCGGCAUCCUAACCCUACUCGUCACCGGUUCCAUCUUCCUCCUUCUAACCGGCUUAACCGUCUCUGGUACAGUCUUCGCUCUCAUCUUCUUCUCCCCGUUGAUCAUCGUUUCGAGCCCCAUAUGGGUCCCAGCUGGAACCUUCUUCUUCCUCCUCGCCGCUGGUUUCUUGUCCAUAUGUGGAUUUGGUGUCAUCGCUGUGGCGGGUUCCUCUUGGUCCUACCGUUACUUUAAGGGUCUCCACCCGGCCGGUUCGGACCGGGUUGAUUAUGCUCGGAACCGGAUUUAUGAGACGGCUUCACAUGUUAAAGAUUGUGCUAUAGAAUAUGGUGGGUAUUUGCAGAGUAAGGUCAAGGAUGCAGCGCCUGGUGCUUGAACCGAACCGGUUUAGUUCCAUAGUUUAUACUACAUCAUAUAUAUUGAACCGGGUUUUUUGUUGUUUUUUUUGUUGUUAAAUGUUAUUAUUAUAUGUAUGUGUGUACGUAAUGGUGGUAUAAUUAAGAUGUGUUGUUAUUCUUUUGUUCCUUUUCUCUUUGGAGUAGUGUGAUGGUGUGUUUUUAUCUAUGUCUCGGUGUUUGUUUUGCGGCAUAGUUUUGUAUGAAUUUUGAAAUGGGAAUGAGAUUGAGAAGGAUCCUAAGUA